AUGAACAGGGCAGCAGGCCGCAUUACCCGCACAUCCAGUCUGAAAUGGGCAUGUCCGUUUUUGUUGCUUUUCGCUGGCUUUCCUGCCAGCUUUGGCAUAGGCCGUCAAGAGUCGGCAAGAUCCAUCCGCGAGCGCGAUGGGAAUUUGCUGAAGACCUCAGCUAAGAAAGUGCAGGACCCGUUAAGCUUUGAAGGCCAACGACUUCUGUCGCAAAUUGUAGAAGCUGGUGAAAGCGGUGAUUGGAUGAAGGUGAACCGGCUCUAUCUGGCCUACAGCGGCAGCGAAACCUCAACCUUCAAUGCAGUGAUGCACAUCGCGAUCCGAUGUGGGCAAUUCAAGCAGGGCGCCUCUGUCUACCAACGGCUUUGCAAUCUGAAUGUGACGAAGUCCUCACCCACUUUUUCUGCUGCCCUGAGGAUUUUUGCAGAACUUGGUCAAACCAGCGUAGUCAGGGAGGUUUGGCGGGAAGCUACUGACAUGCUGGAGUUAGAUGAGGUCAUGGCGGCAUCACGCAUCCAUGCAGCAGCGAUGGAAGGAGACAUACAGACCGCUGCAGAAGUUCUUGACUCCAUGAACAAGUCUGGCGUUGAGAUAAACAUAGCGCAUAUAACAUCUGCCAUCCGGGCUUGCUGGCAAGCCGAGGGGCAAAGCUGGCGUGCCGCGCAAUACCUUUUCAAUGUUUCACGAGACCUUGGUUUGGAAGCAGAGGCUCCGAUGUUCACUUGCUUGGUUGGCGCAUAUGCAACAGCUCCACUGGAAGUCGUCUUAGAUGUGUACCAGAUGAUGAAAGACAACGGCAUCCAACCUGACAAGAUGUUCUCCGAGCUUUUCCUCGCUUCGGUGCUGGCCUUCAGCAAGGAAGAGACCUAUGGCUUGCGAACUGUAUCCCAACUGGCUCAACAUCUGAGCAACAAGCCGGAGGCCAGGCUGCAAGCUGCAAGGUCGGCGCUUGCCGAGUUCGGAAACACAGGAGUAGAAACAACUGCCUUGAGCCAGAAGCUGGAUACGGGCCUGAAGCAGUUGCUUGAGAAGCCCAGGCCGGGAUGA